GCACAACGGUCGAGCUUCUAACUUUCAAUGCCGUCAGACUGGUGAAAGACAAGCACACGAAUGUUGUGGGCACAGCGACUCACAGAAUACCAAGAUAUACUUACGGAUCCAGUGUAUUAAGUCAGAUCAAAUAAUUUGAUAUACAGCUGAAACUGCGAUAAGUAAUAUAUUUCUUUUUCCUUCAGAAAAUGUAAUAAAAUACAGUGCAGGCUUACAGAAUUAAAGAGACUUUGGUGUUGACAGAAGUGAAGUUGUUACUUGUUAUGAAUCAUUGAAAGUGGAGUUCCUUCAAGUGUUAAAAAUAAUUUAACUCUGCGUGUGAGGAAAAUAUGAUGUGUUUAUGAAGGCGAAAUAGGGUACAUGCAGAUGAGUGAACAUACAAUUUUAAGAGAUCUUUAAAGUUAAAGAUGUUGAGAGGACUAGCGCUGAUGUGCCUCGUGGUUUCCAUAGCAACGUGCCUACACAGGAGCAGCAGUCGUCAACAAAGGAAGGCAAACACUUACGUGACUAGAAAAGAUUCCGAGAUAAUCAUUGACAACAAUGAAAAACCGGCCGUGUCAUACGUCAGACUCCAUCCAGGACGUCACGUGUGUUCUGUUGAGAAGGCUGUGACCCAGCCAGUGAAGACUUUACAGUCGUAUUGUAAGCCGGCACUGAAGCCUUACACUCAGCCCUGUCUAGACAACAAGAGCUGCAACGGAGUACGGUUGGUGUACGAAACAGCAUUCAGAACCAUAUACGAGACCAAAAUCAAUCGAUACACAAGCUACAUCUGUUGUCCAGGAUGGACGCAAAUCACCAAAAUUGACCACGGAUGCAACAAAGCUGUGUGCACGCGCUUAUGCCUGAACGGUGGAUCCUGCGUCAAACCGGAUAUGUGUGUCUGUCUCCCGGGCUUCACUGGAAAGCAGUGCGAGACAGAUAAUGAUGAAUGCAUAGAGAAGCCAUGUGACCAUACAUGCAUCAACACAAAUGGCAGUUUCUAUUGCCGAUGCCAUGAUGGAUUUGACUUGGAAAGUGACGGACGAUCAUGUAGAAGUCAUGAAGGAAAAGUUGCAACAGAAGCUAGGGACCUCUUAGACUAUGACAUUCUUGCAAAGAGAGUACAGAAAAUCAAGAAAGUGAUGGUACCACCAUCUGAUCCAACCACAGACCAAGCAAUAUCACAGCUUAAUGACAAAGUUAAGCUGAUUAUUGAAAACAUAGCACAACUAAGGCACCAGCUCAAUGAUAUCGAGAGACAUCAAAAUGAAUAUCAUCAACAAAUGGAAAACAUCAAACCCUACAGGACGGAAAUGCAACGCAUAAACACGCUCUGUGACCAAGUGGCAGGCAUAAAACGAACUCUAAAUGAAUGUAAUUGCAGAAGUUACUACAGCAAUAGGCUGGAGCACAUGGAGUGUCUUGACUGCAUCUCACAUAAAACUACCAUCAGGUAACAUGGUCAUCAAAGAAUCUGAACAAAAAUGCGAUAGGAUUAUAAGCCAAACAGCAGGGGUGUGAUGAGGUCACCUAAAUCAGUUCAGCUGAAUUGGCUGCACCUAAAACAUUAAAACAGAUUAUAAAAGUGUCCUGAAAAAAGCUCAGCCUGCAAAAUAUUACACAGAUUCCUACUACUGCAGUGAUAAAAGAAUGUGUUGCAAUGUAUGGCUUGACAAGGUAUUUGUUGUCUCAUGUCUGAAUUAUUCUAUUGAAUUUGAUCUGAUGGGGUCUAUGCUAUACAGCCUUCAGUGCUGACCUUGGCCUCUGAAAAACAGGAUAACAUAAUGGCAAGUGACAAUCUAACAUGCAAACCAGCAGUUAAAAUGAUUAUUAAUGUCAUCCAGUGUGAAUAAUCUUUUACACUAUUACUAGUGUGACAGACCAGGAUGAACCAAGUAAGUUAUCAAAUUUAUUCUUAUAAUUAGAGUUUGAAAUGGGGGCCAUAUUAGGUGCAAUGCUGUCCCACUUCCUUUAAGGAGACUACAAAACCACCCCAAAAGCUGUGAUACAAAGCACCAACGCAAUAAAUACAACAGUUACACAACUCAUUUUCCAUUGAUGCAAUUCAUUAAACCAUUGUCAUUAAAUUGAUGUGCCUUUCAGACACAAAAUCGUUCCAACAACCGUGUUCUCAUUACUGAAUUAUAUGUUAUCCUCGAGGCCAUGCUGUAGCUCAGGGAGUUAGUUACUGGCUUCUCACUGCACAGACCUGGGUUCAAAUCCCAGGGUAGUCAAUGGAAGCUCUGUGAUAGACAAGGUAGCACUGCGGUAGGUUUCUCUGAGUACUUCAGUUCAUCUUCAAUUAUCACACUACUAAUGUUCCACAUUCAUACAUCAUUAGUGGUUGGUGCAACAGACCCAUAUGAGGUCGCAGCAUCAAGAAAUUCGAUCUCACUGCACUCCAACUGCCAGAUUUAUGUAAAAUAUCAUCAAACUGUGUUUCAUUUAAUUAUAUGAACAAAUGAGCCCAUAUUUCAGCAUCCUGUUGCACUGGGGCACAAUUUUAAUUGUAUAGUAUUCCAUCUGUAAUGCAACCAAGUCAAUCCUUUCUUAAAAGACACUAAAACAUAUUUAAUUCACUAAAAAGCACACAAUUAAAAUGGGGCCAUUGCUGUUCAGCUCAUAAAUUCUCCUCUUCUGUUCUAUCCCACCUCAAUGAGUACAAAAAAGCCAUUAGAUGCCCACAUGUGUGUGUAUGUGUUCAGAUGUGCUUAUGCACAAAGUCUCAUGUGAUUGUACACUGCCAUACAAUUUUAAUUUCUAUAUAAGCUGAAUAGACUGAUUUUUGCCUACAUACAGAAGAAACUGCCAUUAACUAUAAUUCUGUAUGUAAAAAAAUACUGUAGCCACUUAUUUGCUCUCUCACAUGUCAUACUGCUCAUACAAUAAAAUAAUUCUUGUAAUUUAAUGUAACAUUUAUUUUAUUUCAGUCACAAUUUUGAAAAUAUGUCCAAAGUAUGGGAACAAUGACAGUAAACAUUUACAAUAAUAUUUUGUACAUAUUAUUAUACAGUAAAAUUUAAGUGAAUACAAUUUAUUUAGAUGUUACUCCAAAUGAUCUAAGUGUAGGCAAGAGAAAAGUUAAAUUACUUGCCUUACUUCUAGGGAUAUUUAUGUCAAAGAAUAGAAGCAAUUAUUUUCCAAUGCUGGUAUCGUGUGUAAGAAACCAUUAAAAGGUAUUAUUAAUUGAA